AUGGUCACUACCCGCAGCUCAAAAGCUCAAGCAGUCAAUGAAACUCCAGUCUGUCCUCCUCAGGCCCCCAAUGGUGCCCCGGUUGCUCGUUCCGGUUUUCAGGCCGUUCUUGCUGGCCCAGCCUCCUCGGCCUCUCCCGCCGAACUUCAUGCAAAUAGGUUCAUGAUUUCUGGCCCGGUUCGUCCCUUCACUCCGGUGAAUUCUCCAGCGACAAAGGUUCCGGUUCCGAUACAUCCAUCGACUGUGGCCCCGGAGUCAAGUCGUGCCAAGGAGCAUGUCGAUCCUCAUUUGGUUCAAGAGGGGAUUAACUUUUAUCCCCUCCAAAGCCGCUGGUCCCCAGCUUUUACCCCGUCGGGUGAAAGCAUUCCUCCCGGGCUCAGAAGCCCCGACUUCGUCCAUCCUAGCUCAAACGACGGGAGCUCCGGCUCCGAGUCCUCCAGUUCUGAAAUCUCUGACGGUUUCAGCUCUGGAUCCGAGUCUAACUCCAGCGCACCAACUUCCGGUCCUCCCUCCAUUCCUCAUUCAUCGGCGUUUCCAUCGCCAUCCUCCUCGGAUCUUCGUUCGGUCCCGCCCUCCGAGGUGUUCUAUGCCACUCGACCCAGGCCCAGUCAUCCAGUCGCCGGAUCGGGUAACUCCUACGAUGACCCAAUGGUCAUCGACGACGAUGCCGCCGCCGAUUCUGAUCCAGAAUCAGUUCCGUUCGGCCCCACCACCGAGUGGGGAAAUGCCCAACCGGCUGCUCCUCAAAUCGACACCGUCAAUCCGGACCCAUCAGCUCGCGAGAUGAUGGCCUUCGAUUACCGCGCCAUCCGGGACCAACUAGUCGGCUCCAAUCCGUUGCCGUUUGGUACCCAAGUGUAUCGAGAGGAAGACCUUCUCUUCCUUUUUCAGAAUGUCGCCAACAAUUUUAUUCAUUUAUCUAACAAAUACCCCGCCUCGACUCUCAGCGAAAUCGAGGACCGUGUCCAAUUUUUUCAGAAUCUUCAAUGGGUUUUUACGGCCGACCGUCAAGUUUUUCUGGCUACCCACUGCGGCUAUCCCUAG